AUGGCCACGGCGGCACGGGCGCCAGCACCACCCGGAAUCACGCUGCACACCGACGCCAUGACCAUCCCGGAGAGGAGAAAGGUUCCCCCGCUCGUGCCAAAGAAGAAGCCCAGCCUGGCCAGCCUCAGAAACGAACCCGCAGUCCACGCAGAGGCUCUUGCGGACACAGACAACACGAUUGUCUUGCCCAGGUUGCGGGCCAGGGAGGAACCGGUGGCGCCAGCCAGUUCCACGCAGACACCGCCGCCAGCAGAACCGUCGCUGGAGAAGCUCGUCGAAGAGCUCCGGCUCGACACCGAGCACGUCGUGGCCCGGCCCCGCAGGAACGAGCCGCAGGCCGUCACCUUCGACUCUCUCAUGCAGCCCGCCGUCCGCAGCGACAUCUGCAUCGGCGGCCGCCGCCACCAGCUGAAGGCCUACGAGACGCCGCUUGAACGCAGGCUGCGUCUGCAGCAGCAGCAGAAAGAGCAGGAGACGUCGACACCGCCCGUGGCGCACUCCGGACCCCACCGGCCGCCGCUGCCGCUGAAGCCCAAGCCGCAGGUCGCCCAGGCCCAGCACACCCGCAGCAAGCCUGCGGUCAAGCCGAAGCCGGCUCUGCUGGCCAAGACGACGGCGACGACGUCGUCACCGCCGCCAGCGACCGACAACACGCCGGCCUUCCUUCGAGAGGCGAUCCAGAAACGGCUCCAGAUGGCCCAAGGCGUCCCGCUGCCAGGCAUGGUCCGGCUCUUGGGAAAGUCUCCAUCCUACGGAUCCCCACCACGCUCGUUCCGCAAAACGGCCACCAACACCCUCUCGUCGACACUGCACCCCGCAGCCGGGGACCCGGGCUUUCCGUCGCCCAACAGGUCCCACACCAUCGACAACGCCAGCCUUGAGAAACGGGGCCGGCUGCUCGUGCAUCCGAACAAACGCCGGGCCAAGGGCCCCAGGAGACGUCUUCCAACUACACUCUCCGGCCCUGCUUCCGGCUCCGGCCCCGCUUCCGGCCCUGCCCCUGUUUCGACGUCGCCGCCUCCGCUCCGGGCCAAACACAAAAGCCCCCCUCCCAUCCGCAAGCCCUCCAGGGCCAUCGCCAUCCAUUCAUAG